UAAAACAACUUACGCUGCCAACUGGAGACGAAGCUCUGAUUCAUUGAUAUUCGUGACUUUGUCGCUCUACUUGAACUCGAUAUUAAUUUAUGCUCAGUCAGAAGCAUGGCCGAGUAAUUCGAUGCAUUCUCACGAUUACAGAUCGAUGGAAAUUAUAAUACCCAAUUUUUUUAACUUCAUCCAAUACGAGGGGUUUCAUCGACGUGUCAACGUCCGAUUGAGUUUUGUGGGCUUGACGAUAUUGCGAGCAACCGUAACGCGCAUACGCCAUAAUACGCGUAAUGGGUCUUAGCUCUGGCACGUGGCUUUCGCGUAGAAAAUCGAUCACCUUUUGCAUUAACCCUUCGAGAUGAGAAUUUUCCAAAAAUUAGAAUAGAGCGGCGUUCCCUUUCCCAAAGCCACACCGUAACUGGGAUGAUAAUACGACCUGCAGUUCAUCACGAUGAAAUAUCCCAACGACCUACAGGGGAUAAAUUUGUGAACUUUACUCGUGAGGUGUGUACCGCUCAGUGCCCCAGUCAAUCGGCAACCAAAGAUACACGGGAGUUUUAGUCGGCGCGAGAGAUCUGAAUCAACAACUGACGCUCGAAAACUACCGAUAUGUCGGCCGAGUAUUGCGAGUACAUGUGGAACCCAACGACCCGGGGGCAUUCCGGACUCGCUUUGGCCCGCAGUCUUUAUCAGGAUGAAAACCGGAUCGAUCCGAGGGAUAAGAAAUUGGCCGUGAAGACCGUCAGGGCCAUUUUGACGGACAUGCCAAAUGUCGAUUUGAAGCAAUGCACGGACGAAUAUGUGACCAGAUUUUUGUUCGCUCGGAAGUACCGGACGGAACAAGCUGCCGCGUUGAUAGUUGCGUACCAAAAUCAGGUGGCACUUCGGCAGGAUAUUUUUGGAAAUUUAACAGCCCGGGACCCAGCUUUACAACGUGCACUUCGCGCUGGUAUACCUGGAGUUCUUCCGGCGCGAGACAGGAAAGGUAGAUGUGUGCUGGUUAUUCUCGCUUCUCAAUGGGAUCCAAUUGCUGUCCCGGCUCUCGCGGUGCAACGAGCUCUCUUUCUCGUCCUUGAAAUUCUCAUACAGGAUCCUCGGAAUCAGCAUAGCGGGUUCGUGGCAGUCGUCGACUGGGCUGGAUUUUCUCUUCGUCAGGGUGGAGCUCUAGGUGCCACCGCACUACGCAAUCUGAUAUCCGCUCUUCGGGGAAGAUUUCCAGCACGAUUCAAAGCCAUUCACUUUCUAUCCUCGCCACUCUGCGUCCAAGCAACCUUGGCAGUUAUCAAGCCCUUCCUCGAUGAGAAAACUAGAAAUAAGAUUUAUUUGCACGGGAAUAAUCUGACAACGCUCCACGAGCACCUUCCAACGGACAUUUUACCUGCUGAGCUUGGUGGAACUGGGCCUGCGUUUAAUCCGGGUCUUUGGGCAGAGCCGGUCAUCCAUUCCGCAAUGAAAGAAGCAGAAAUUGCAGCGGCCGUUGCCCAAAAAGAGAGAGAUUUACGGGCGAGGGACUUGGUGGCAAUGAUGCAAUCGAAAAAUGGUAAAGUUGAACCCAAACCAAGCGCAACAAUCGAGUUCACGGAAAUUUCGGCCACAGCCAAGACGGACAAUAAAACGGGACGGAACAACCGCGCGGAAUCGACCAAAGAUUGUUUUCACCAAGUUCAAGCGCAGUUGCACGAGCGUCCGGGAAGUGAGGAGAAAAUUACACCCAAUAUUCGGUCGAAAACAAACUCAAUCGCAUCCAGUGACAUAAAAAACAGUAGCGAUUAUGAUCGAGAACGGCUAUUAAAUGGUGAUGAUGAAAAUAAAAUUCUCGAAAUUGAAUCUACGCAGAACGAGGAGCCCCGAGGCUACGGAGAGGUCAACGAGCAAGGAUCCCGCCCAUUAUCCAGUGUUGAUAUCGAGGUACAGAAAUUUCGAGAAUACCAGAAUAAGUUGGCGGAAGAAAAAAAUAUUCGCAGUGAUCCCGACGGCCUUCCCGACGACAUCGAGGCUCUGGAGUUACACUCCGAAACCAAUAGCAAUGAGUUCGAGAUGAUCCCUAGUCGACCAGACAGUGAGAGUAGCAAGGAUAGUUCAUUCGAUAUUGACCUUCAGGUAGAAAAAGUUAUCAUUCGUGAUGGUGGCAAGAGCGCAGCUCCUUCCGAGGAGCUAAGCCUUGUUACGUAACUGGAUAGAUCAACGACGACAUCGAAGGUAACUCUGUUUCUUUUUGAAACAUUUUAACAUGGGGACGACCGAACACAGGAUGUCGGAACCACUCAGUAAGGAGCCAGGUGUUCUUGCUUGACCCCAAAGUCCUGAAAGCUAUUACUAUUUUAUAUUGUUUACCGUGCCUACUUCCGGUUUCGACAUUCUUGUGCCUUCGGUCUUCAAGUUUUAAGAAUUGGCGUCAUGGUUAAAUUUUAUAUAUUGAUUUUGAUAAAAUUCACGAUUGAAGAAGGCUGUGUGUUUUUACAACGCGUUCGGACGCGGUAUCCAAAUUAAAUUAUCGCUCGAGCAUCGGUUUUUCAAACAAUUUAAAGACGUCUGUCUUUCAUCUUACGUUAUCCCUGACGGCUUUAGUUUUGCAUUCGAAUCCCGGCUGGCUGACUUGAGAACUUUGUAUUAUUUAUUUCUAUUUAUUAUAUAAUCACCCCUUGAAUUGAUGUAAGAAAUUUAAAUUCUAGAAUCGCUCCUGGUGAUACAUUUUAUGAUUAAUCUUUGACGGCUAUUAUACUUAUCAUAAUUGAAUCGUGUCGCCAAAUGCGAUGCGAUUUUUUCUACCAUUGCGCACGGUUAAACGUUAGUUAGGAAAUUAGAAUUUUAUUUGUAAGAGAACAAAAUAACUACGUAAUUGGUUCAUACCUAACAUUGGCAUAGAAGUACUUUGUCAAUUUUUUUUAUAAAGAUACGCUCGACUGGAUCUGAUUAUUACCGUGGUAUUUUGACGCGUGGAACUUGAAUAGUUAUAAGUAUAUUAACAAUGUAUUUUUGUGAGAAGAAUAUAUUUUACACAUUAGAGUUA